GUUGCCUCUCAAGCACUGCAAGAUGCCUUCCAAGACAGUUAUUGCCACCUUCACUGUGGUCCUUUUCGGGAUAGUAGCAGCUGGUCCAGUUGCUGAACCCGAACCGGAAGCAAAUCCUGGAUUCCACAGAGGAUUUGGUGGAGGAUUUGGAGGAUUUGGUGGCCAUGGAUUCGGAUAUGGAGGCUACCGUGGAAAGAGGAGCCCAGUAGCUGAAGCUGAGCCCGGAUUCCAUCGAGGAUUUGGUGGAGGAUUUGGAGGAUUUGGUGGCCAUGGAUUCGGAUAUGGAGGCUACCGUGGAAAGAGGAGCCCAGUAGCUGAAGCUGAGCCUGGAUUGACCAUAGAGGAUUUGGUGGAGGAUUUGGAGGAUUUUGCGGUGGCCAUUGAUUCGAUAUGGAGGCUAUCCGUGGAAAGAGGAGCCCAGGUGCUGAAGCUGAGCCCGGAUUCCAUAGAGGAUUUGGUGGAGGAUUUGGUGGUUUUGGUCAUAUUGGAGGAGGCAGAUAUUAUGCCUCCAUAUCCGAAUCCAUGUCCACCAAAUCCUCCAAAUCCUCCACCAAAACCUCUAUGGAAUCCUGGCUCUGCUUCAGGUUCGGGUUCAGCUACUGGGCUCCUCUUUCCACGGUAG